GCGUCCCUAAAAUUACUAUUGGCUUCAUUUUCCUGUUUUGUUAAUAUGGUCCCCACUUCCGAGCCAUUUUAAGAGAGACGGAGAGAGAUGCUGAAUAGUGAAUACGGAGUGGUUGACGAGAAAAACGUCGUGGCUUUCAAAACCCAACCACUAAUGAAACUGGUUUCUAAGACGUGAACCGUUGCUCGAUCUCUCCGUUCUUCUUUUUCUGGUCACUCCCAAGAUUCACAAAUUUUCGUUUGUCUACCUGCUUUGAAUUGUGGGAUAUUUUCUUCUCAGUUUGAUGUUAACGAAGGUUAGCUAUUUCCUCUGCCAAAGUCCUUCAUAUUGCCAAGAGCUCUAAUCAGCGGGCUGAUUCUGGAAGUCAGCGCCCCGUUAUAGGCUGUCGAUCUUACUGACGCAAUUUGGGGAGUUCAUUAUGGCUCUCACCCACAGUAUAUGUGCCCCAUCAUUGUCAGAGAUAUGAUCGAGCAAUUCAUCAAUUUUGUGAUUCGACCUCCCAGGGCUGUGUAUGAUCCAGAUCAAUACCUAUGGGAGAAGAAUUUUACACUUGCUGGUAGAGCAUUCAGAAGAGAAGAUUUGGAGCUUGGAAAUGAAAGAGGCCAGACCUUGAAGUGUAGUCAUUAUGUGCCAUCUCUUCAGCCAGAAGAUUCCGCUCUUCCUUGUGUUGUAUACUGUCAUGGCAACAGUGGAUGCCGGGCUGAUGCAAAUGAGGCUGCUGUUGUACUUCUUCCUGCAAAUAUUACAGUCUUCACUCUGGACUUCUCUGGAUCAGGCUUAUCUGAUGGUAACUAUGUCAGCCUUGGAUGGCAUGAGAAAGACGACCUCAGAGUUGUGGUUUCUUAUCUAAGAAGUAAUAAAUGUGUAUCGCGAAUAGGACUUUGGGGAAGAUCUAUGGGUGCUGUUACAAGCCUUCUAUAUGGAUCAGAGGACCCUUCAAUAUCUGGGAUGGUUAUAGACAGUGCUUUCUCUAAUUUAUUUGAUCUGAUGAUGGAACUUGUGGAUGUCUACAAGAUCCGCCUCCCAAAAUUCACUGUGAAGAUGGCAGUGCGGUACAUGCGGCGGGUGAUUAGGAGGAGGGCAAAUUUUGAUAUCAAGGACCUCAAUUCCUUGCAGGUUGCGAGUCAAACUUUCAUUCCUGCUUUGUUGGGACAUGCUAAUGGGGAUAAAUUUAUUCAACCACACCACUCUGAUGUCAUCUUUAAAUUGUAUGCGGGUGAUAAAAACAUCAUAAAAUUUGACGGUGAUCAUAACUCUUCUAGGCCACAGUUCUACUAUGACUCGGUUUCCAUAUUUUUCUAUAAUACCCUACAUCCACCGCAAGUUUCUUCCGUUUGGUCCAAUAAGAUUGAGGAAUGUCAUGGCGUGAAAGAUCCCGGAGUGGGUGCUGGUAUGAAUGAGAGGCUGCUGUAUGAGAUAAUAUCUAAUCUUCAUAUUGCGAGUACUGAUGCUGCAAGCUCAUCUUCUGCUCUGCCCAGCUUUUCAACUGCUAAAUCUGUUGGAGAUAUGCUCUCUGAAAUUGUACCAGUCUUGGGCACAAAUGACGUGAUGUCUAAUAAAGACAUAUGUGCAGCUAAUGGGUAUCUCCAGGAUAAGAUCAAUGAAUCCCCCGAAGAAUACUGCUCUCAUGCAAGCUCUACCAGGGAUAGUUUAGGAAGAUGUUCAUCUUUAGAAGGCAGUGAUUUCGCACAGUGCGUAGGUCCAAGCAACAUCCAUCAGAAAUAACCGACCAAAGCUCCAACAAGAGGAAGAGAAAAGGAGGAGAUUGCUUUGCUAUUCAACUUUAUAUCAUGUCUCUGAUAUGUUUGGUGAGGCUAGUAAUCAUCUUUUCCGGCAAUUUGAGUUUCCUACAUAGCCCAAUUUUGUUGCAGUACAAUGUCGACACUUGUGGAGAUGUUGCGGGCAUGUCUCGCAUCUAUUUUAGUGCACUUUGGAGUUUGCAUAUUGUUCACACAACAAUAAAUUUCUCGAGUUACAUGAUACUCCUUAUAUUCCGUCUAGUUUUAAGAAGAAUUGUAGUCCUUCAUUGGUAUGUACAAUAUGGGGAAACAGUUUCUAAUACCUACAACAUAGUACAAAAUUGUGCUCGAUGAAAAGAGCAUCACAAAAACAUGCUAAGAUGCAAAGAGACAUGAUUAAAGCAUAAUUCCUCCUUUUUUUUAAUAUUUGCACCAUUUGCACUUUUACACUAUUCAUAUACUCUUUUUUAACAUUUUUUGUGAUUUAUAUAGUCAUGUGGAUCUUGUUAGAUUCGUCUUGGCAUAUAUUUUUUAAAUAUAAACUUUUUAUAAAUUGUACUAAUAUAUAAUUAGAGAUAUUAAUGAAUAAAGUUUUGCAUUGACAAACGUGAAAUAUCAAAUGGUGCAAAAGUAUAUAGAGAAAAGGAAUAGGCAAAUAAAGCUCAAAUAUUUUGGUAGGAAGCAAUAAUGAAAUAAUAUUAUGAUAGAAUGGACUGCAAUCACAAGGUAUCCUUAAAAACUCAUUAGAAUGGUGUACAAAAUUUUCUAGAAAAACAAGUUUAUGACUUGUGUUAUAGGAAUCGUUUAACGUUUUAGUGCGUUUCAUUUCCACGACAUGCUUUUUUGUUUUGUACAUGUUUUGAAGCCAUCUAAUUUUGAUCCUUUUAAAUUUCCGGUUGUGGUUGCACAUAAAUUGAGAGGUUGAUGCCGGAUUUCUUAUGGUAUUAGGUAGGGGAAGCUAGAUCGUCUUCUAAGUUGUGAUUUAGUAUGUCGUUCGAAAUCAGAGGGAUGUUUGGGGUUUGGGGUUUGGGUGGUGAUUUCAAGAAAGUCUCUUUGUGUGUAAAUGGUGGUGGAGGUUUUCUCUUGAACGUCGGUCUCUUUCAUACGAUGUCAUCAAAAGCAAGUACGGGUGACUCACUAUUGUCCCAUAUGUGGAAAUUUAUUUCCCAACUGUAUGCUCCGCUAUUAGCGAGGUCCAAGAUAAGGGAUGGUAAGCGACUUCGUUUUAUGGAAGAUGUUUGGAGAGGCGAGCAACCUUUCUAUGGGUGUUUCCCUUGCCUUUUAACCUAUCUUGAGUUUCGCUGAGUGUCGAGCUUUAAUAAUGGCAAUGCGUGGAAUUUACACUUAAGAGACCAUGGUCGACAGACAUAAGAGCUUAUUUCUAUGUACUCCGUAUAACCUUUUGGGUAUUCAAUUAAAGAUAUGGAGAAUUCAAAAGUAUGGAUAUGAAAAUUCUCCCGUGGUUUUUCCAUGAAAAUAGUUUCUGAAUUCUUUUUUCGUUGGUGAAUUUCAUUUGGAAGUCAAAGGUCCCCCUUAUGGUGAGAGUGGGACCUCUAGGUGAGAGCUUUUGUAUGGACUUUGGCGUUGGGAAGGCUUACUAAUUCAAAAUGAUAUACUCCAAAAUUGGUACCCAUUUGCUUGCUUUAGUCGUGCUCACAUGUCUUCCUUCAUUGUGAUAUGGUACGCUACCUUUCGAAAUGACUCUUUGAAUUUUGUGAAAAAUCUUUGGUUAUACCUUCGAGUAUAUAUGAAUGGUUGUUGUUGAGUAUAACGUAGUUACCCUAGAAGAUAGAAUAUCAUAUGAGAUAGAAGUCUAUAGGACUUAGGAAUCCUACGAAGUGUAAGACAUCUAGUUUGUAAUAUAAACAUAGGCGUUUGCCCACGAAUAAUAUGAGACAAAUCAAAUAAUAUAUUUCUCAAUAUUUUAACAUGGUAUCAAGAGCCUAGGAGAUCCUAGGGACCGUCUACAAAAUUUUCCACCGGCCGGGUUAGAAAAAUAAACCCAUCGGCGGGAUUAGUGAUAAAAAAAAAUAUUUUCGUUGUGAAUAGUGGGUAGAAGAAGAGUCUGGCCACUCAUGGCUGGUGUGUGAAUUAUUGAAUCACAUCAACAUUGACUUUGUUCUUUGAUGUUUUCGCGCAUGGAUUUUGCGUCUUAAUUGGUUGAUUAGUUUUUUUUGUCAUGGCAUUGUGUUGAGUGUUUGCACGGUUAUUAGAGUUUGGGAGUUUUAUGGCUUAGAGAAGAUUAAUUCCUCUUAGCGAUGAGUUUGUUUUGGAGAAAAGGCUCGUACUUGGUAUCACGUCCAAUUCUAGUAUACAUUUGAGUUUAGUUUUGCUUCGAAAAACCAAUGAAGAUUUGAGAGCUUGGUUUUGCUCGAAAAACCAAUGACGGAUUGAGCAUGAUUUUGCUCAAGAGAAGCCGAAAGGUGUUCCCGUUAUGUUGAGAAAAUUGAUGAGUUCGAAAAGAAAGGCGUUCUCAUCAAGAGAAAAAAAAAUUUGCACGUCCGGAAAGAAUGGCCUUCCUGAUCGAUCGAGUUUUUUUUAUUGAAUCCGACAUCACUGAGUUGUGCAUAUCGACUUCAACAAAGACGAAGAAGUUCCAGUUCAUCCCAUUGAUCUGGUACUAAACCAUAAAAUAUUUUUACGUUUCCGAUCGCAACGUUCGUGAAAUUGCCGUUACGAUUGCGGGAGGUUGUUGAGGAUAACGUAGUUAUCCUAGAAGAUAGAAUAUCGUAUGAAUAGAGUUAUGUUAUAUUGUUAUAUGAUAUAAGAUAUAGAUCGAUAAGACUUGUGAAACCUACGAAGUGUUGGACAUCUAGUUUGUAAUAUAAAUAGAGGCGUAUGCCCACGAAUAAUAUGAGACAAAUCAAAUAAUAUAUUUAACCAUAUUUUAACAGUUGCAGAUUCACUUUGUAGGGUUUUGUGUAGGGAAUGUGAUUGGCGAAAUGUGAUUAUGUAAUUUUUUGGUUUGUGUGAUUGGUGUUUUUAAUGGUGGUGUUGUCCCAUGUGAUCUGUUGUGGGAUAAAGUAACUUCAUUACCCCUCCGUAUUUUAAACAGAGAUACACUUUGACCGGCACAUAGUUUUAGGCUACGAAGCUACGAAGCACGGGUACGCCUGGAAUACCCGUUUCCCGUACCGGCUACGGGUACGGUAUGGGUACAGGACGGUUACGCCCAGGAAACGUCCCCAAAACGAAUUGUUGUGUUAAUUAUUUAGUUAACUUGAGUGGGUUGUGUUGAAAGGUUGUGUUGAAUCGUUGUGUUGAAUUGUUGUGUUGAAUUGUUGUGUUUAAUUUAGCUAAAUUCUUGUUUUUUUUUUUGCCGAAUCCAUGCCGUACCCGUUUUUAGCAAUUUUGAUUUUGACGUUUUCCGUCCCCGUACCCGUCUCCGUACCCGUUUCCGUGCAACAUAGGUUUUAGGACAGUGAGUUAAAUUUAUUAAAAUAAGAUGAAAGUGGGGUAAUGGGUGAAUAUUUAUUAUAGUAAAAAGAUGAUGUGAGUAAGUGUAGAGACCACAAGAAAGAGAGAAAUAUUAAUAUAAUUGGAAGUGGGGUCCAAAACAUGUCAAAAAAGGAGCGUGUAUCUCUUUUUAAAAUACGUCCGUUUAAAGAAAGUGUAUCACUUUUUAAAAUACAAAGGGAGUAACUUCUUUAUGGACGAAGAUAGUGGGUGUUUUCCCACAUUACUCGAUUGGGCUAACUUGUACAAUACUUUUGAUUUUCGGACUCUUUUGAGGACACUUAGGGGGGCGUUUUGUUCACCUUAAAAGUAAUAAGUUUCAGGUCCAAUAAGUUCAGACAAGUUCCAAUAAGUUUCAAUAAGUUCUAAUAAAUUCAGAUACGUUUCAAUAGUUCCAAUAAGUUUCAACAUUGAUAAUAAUAUUAUUAUUUUUUUAUUACUCCUUCCGUUUUUAAAUAUUAGUCCACUUUUGAGUUUUUCAUCCGUUUCAACUCAAUAUUUAAACGUAAAUAUCUCCAAAUACGUAGGUUAAAUAAAUAUAAAAAUUUAAUAUUGUUAAACUAUACAUUGAUACAAACAAAACAAGAUCCCACAUGAAUAUAUUUUGAAAUACGUAUUGGAAAGACAUUAGAAGAUUCUCUUUAAUUGUAAAUAGUGACAAUAUUCCAAAAGAAACUAAUAAUCAA